AUUUAUUUUUUGGCUAAAAAAUACCUCUCCGCUUGAUUUUUGGCUCAAAGGUCUUCUUUACCUGGACCAAAAGUGUUCAUUUAUUUCAAACUUAAAGGACCUAUUAUACCAAAAGUAAUACAUGAAGAACCAAAAUACACUUAACCCUACACCAAAAGGACUCUUUUGUAUUUUUCUCUCUCGGGGUUUUACAUUACACAAGCACUAUGGAAAGUUAAAACUAAUACCGCCGCCCGCCGACCUCCGAUCGCCGACGCCACCGGUAUAUACUAUUCCGAUUCCGGCUGUGCUUCUUUGUGAAGAGAAUCCGCGUGUACUGAGCUGCUUUCGGAACAAAGAAAUGAACUUUGGGAGACUGAAGAAUUUGGUAGCUGCUGCAGCCAUUGAAGGGGUGACUGAGGCAAGGGCCAGGAUAUUCGGUCAUGUGCUUAAUCCAACUGGACAGAGAUCACCCCAUAAGGUUUUACGCAAGAAGCUCAUCGGUGAGAAGGUUUCACAAUGGUACCCACAUGAUAUCAUGAAAGAUGAUCCUCUUGUGAUGGCACGUCAAGAGCAAGAGCGCCUGAGCAAGCUUGAAAUGCUGAAACGUCGUGGAAAGGGACCUCCUAAGAAGGGUCAAGGCAAGCAGGCUAAAAAGCGCAACAAAUAGAGAUGGUACUUUCACCGGCUUGCAAAUGAUAUCUGCGCAGUUUCUAUGAGUUACUGAUGGCCUUGUUUCUGAUCUCAUAGGAUUUCUUUCUGCAACUCGAGCAUCUAUUUUCAAUGUAGUUUUUGUUUUCGUUCUUGUUUCUGACUUGUAAUAGUACUGAUGCACAUUUGUAAGCAGCAUAAAGCUUGUGUGAUAGUAGGGAACGAGAUGAAACACAGUUUCUCUAGUUGAAUCUGACCUUUUUACUUGGUCUAAAUUAUUCAUGAUUAAUCAUGAAAAUAUACUCUAGUGCACUAUUUCAUA